AGAAAGUGCAGAAGAGAUAAGAAGAGUAACAUCAACCAAGUUGAUCAUCGAAGAAGAAAGCUAAAGAAGAUCAAAUGGAAGCCAUUCUUUCAUCGACUACAACUCUACCGCUCAGAACAACUCUACAACAUUCACUUUCUCUUGCAUCUAAUCUAUCCCCAUUAUCUAUAAUCUCCAUACCCAAAACUAGAUUAAAGAUUCCAUCUUCUUCUUCAUCCUCCUCUCCUCUUUUCGCUCCUCUCAAAAUCUCAGCAAAUUCGCAAUCUUCCCCUGCCUCUACUGAAACCGUCACUAGCGCUUCAACUCCGUCGCUAAUGAAGGCUUGGGUUUACGCAGAGUACGGUGCUGUCGACGUUUUGAAGCUCGAAAGCAACGUUUCGGUGCCGCCAGUGAAUGACGACCAGGUUCUUGUCAAGGUUGCUGCUGCUGCUUUAAACCCAGUUGAUUUCAAGAGAAGACUUGGGAAAUUCAAGUCCUCCGAUUCCUCUCCUCCGACUGUUCCUGGGUACGAUGUAGCGGGUGUAGUAGUGAAAGUGGGAAGCCAAGUGAAGACGCUUAAAGAAGGAGACGAAGUUUAUGGAAACAUAAAUGAAAAUGCAUUGGAAGGGCCUAAAAAGUUUGGGUCUUUAGGUGAAUACACAUCUGUUGAAGAGAAACUAUUAGCUCUUAAACCUAAGAACAUAAGCUUUGCUGAGGCUGCUGGUCUUCCAUUAGCAAUACAGACUGCCUAUGAAGGUCUUGAAAGGUCUGGUUUUUCUUCUGGGAAAUCAAUCCUUGUUCUUGGAGGUGCUGGUGGAGUAGGAUCUUUAGUAAUUCAGCUAGCAAAACAAGUCUUUGGUGCUUCAAGAAUAGCAGCCACUACAAGCACUGGUAAACUAGAGAUUGUUAAAAGCUUUGGUGCUGAUCUGGUUAUUGACUACACAAAAGAGAGUUUCGAGGACCUACCCGAGAAGUUUGACGUUGUCUACGACACCGUUGGACAAGGCGAGAAGGCUGUGAAAGCUCUGAAGGAAGGUGGGAGCGCGGUUGUUCUGACAGGGGCGGUCGAGCCUCCUGGUUUUAGGUUUGUGGUUAAAGGGACAGGCACCGUCUUGGAGAAAUUGAAUCCGUAUUUGGAAAGUGGAAAAGUGAAGCCAAUUGUCGACUCCAACGGCCUUUUCCCAUUCUCACAAGUUGUAGAAGCAUUCUCUUAUCUGGAAACUGGCCGAGCUACGGGGAAGAUUGUUGUGUACCCAAUUUCUAGUUAGGCUUAUUACUCUAUUAGCCACACUUCUAUUUGUAAUCAAAUAUGAAAUAAACGACGCUGAGAUUUCUGCAUUCGUGUUUAUUAUCUUCAUGGAUGAUCGAAAACCUGUUUUAUUUAAUUGCAUAAUCACGUUAUUUUGAUCAGUAAAACCUAGCUAGCUAAUAUAUUGGGACUUUAUUUUAUUGA